CAAAAAGAAAAUAAAGAAGCAAAUAAAAAUCGUCGAUAUGUACGUAGACUAGCUCAUUAAGACGUGUCGUGUAAGAAAAGAACAAAAGUUUGUAGAAUAAAAUGUCAGACCCCUUUUUUCGUCCAUGGAUUGAUAAAGAAAAAGUAGAAGCCGCAGAACCACCACUUGCAGAGCGCCAAAUAAAUGAACAGCAACAACAACAACAACGAGAACAAAAUAGGUUGAUGAUAGAUCCAUCAGGAUCUCAACAAAGAGCCCCCAUAGAGCAAGCAAUGGUAGAAAAUGGAAACAGCGAAAACAAAUUUGCAUCGAAAGAAAAUAAUCAAAAUACCAUCAAUACACCAGAACCACCUCCAGCGCACACUUCACAGACAACCAGCAAAACAGCACACGAAACGGUGUCAACGUCAGCAGCCUCGGCAACGGUAAAAAAUGAGAACGGAGAUAUCAAAUUAGCAUCGAAAGAAAAUACUGAAAAUAACAUCAAUACACCAAAACCACCUCCAGCGCACACUUCACAGAAAACCAGCAAAACAGCACACGAAACGAUGUCAACGUCAGAAACUUCGGCAUCGUUGAUUCCCUUAUCAUUGGUCUUGAAAAGGCCAUAUUUUACCAGUCCCAACCAUCUCAAUGAACCACAAGUCGUAGUGGUUACACUGCCAUUACAACGGACCACAGCUCAUAGUGGAUGCACCAAAUCUUUAAAGAAAAAGAUUGUACCAACCAUGAGUUCACCACUGGAGGCCGCUUCAGCAACCGUACAAACUAAAUCUGGGGAAGGACUUGGUACAAAAUCUUUGCCACAGCCCCAAUCUAAUAAGGCUACCAAAAAUCAAUUAAAGCGUCCCUUAGUAACCCCAACAGCUUCGGUAACAACUCUGCCGAAGAAGCAGAAAAUCGUGGAUGGCAAUACCUUAAGCUUUCAGCAUUGUUUCGAAGUUUCUGUCAACAAAGCGCAACCACAAAUUCCACAGUACGUGAAGCCAUCACCACAGCACGUGAAGCCAUCACCACAGCACGUGAAACCAUCACCACAGCACGUGAAACCAUCACCACAGCACGUGAAGCCAUCACCCCAGUGCGUGAAGCCAUCACAACAGUGCGUGAAGCCAUCACCCCAGUGCGUGAAGCCAUCACCCCAGUGCGUGAAGCCAUCACCCCAGUGCGUGAAGCCAUCACCAAAGCACGUGAAGCCAUCGCCCCAGUGCGUGAAGCCAUCACCACAGCACGUGGAGCCAUCACCACAGUGCGUGAAGCCAUCGCCCCAGUGCGUGAAGCCAUCACCACAGUGCGUGAAGCCAUCACCACAGUACACGCAGCCAUCACCACCACAGUACAUGCAGCCUUAUAUUCCAGUCGGUAUGUCACCAUAUACAAUGCCAUUUUACUCCUUAUCAACAGCUGGGCAAUACUUCUCUAUACCAACAUCGUCACAAGGCUUCACAACUUUUGGAGGGCAUCCCAAUUACUCUUUCCCACAACCGCGAACAGACAUAACAAACGAAGAACAAAACUGGCUCAAAGUUCCCAAUCAAUCGCAACCUCGCCUUUAAAACAGUGGGCAACAGGCACAAGGAUUUAAGAAGAUAAUCCAAAUACAAAAAAAACAAAAAAAAUGUAAAUAUUAAAAAAAAAAUAUAUUUUAAAAAUUGUUUAUGUAACUAUAUACAUAUAUAUGUACAUAACUAAAGGACACGGAGAGAGAUGUAGUUAAGGCUUUCUGUAUUUUGCUAAAUUUAUAUGUAAUAUUAUAAUAUGUAUUGUAAAGGAGAUGAUAGACAAAGAAUUAUAAAAAGUCCUGAAAUUAGACAUAUAUACUCUGAUCUAAAUUGUUUGUAUGUAAAUCGAUUCCAUAUCCACUUUUCGCAAUAAAAACAAGUGUUCAUUUUAACCCA